AUGGCAGGUUUCACUUGGGCAGCUGUUGUAGCUGGUAAUCAACGUCAAGGUAAGCGAAAGUCGCCAUCUCACCUCUCCAACCCUUUACAAACCCUCCAUAAAGUCAGCGCGGACACUGCGGUUCCCACCAGCAAAGAAACCCAGCCUCCCGCCGUCUAUAAAGAUGAGCAAAACUCGGCCGCCGCAACGAGUAAGUUGCACAUCGUCAAUACUGCUCCUGCCGAUGAUAGUGUUGCGAAGGCAUACGUGCCCGCCGUUGCGAAAUCUGAUGCUACCGCCACUUCACCGAAAUCGCCCCCUCGGAAGAGCGAUUGGAAAGAAAAGAAGGAACCUCCAGUCGCAAAGCAACCCGAGGCGACCGCGAACAGAGAUCAGAAGCUACCAGGCGUGCCCAAGGCGUCUAUGAUCGAAGCUUCGCGCACAGCUACCGCUAGCAAGAAAAAGAAACCCUCAGCCAAUACCGCAAGACCAAGUGGUGACAUCACGUCGACCACCGAGAACGGAGAGAGCGCUGUAGGCACAGUUAUGCUUGCUCCGCCUUCUACUGUUCACGACGCAACAAAGAAGAAGAACAAGAAGGCCUCGAAACAGCGCAACAAAGCCAAGGCGACUGAGGACCAGGGGGAAAAGACAGAGCAGAGUACAUCGAAGCCUGCGGGCUUCGCCAGUACUACUCAUUCGCAUGCCCUGUAUUCUCAUUGGCGGGAUCUGCCGAACAAGGCGACGAAGGUGACUAAAACGGACACCGCCCCAGUGCCCGACCCAUCGAUUGUUGAGGCUCAACUGCUUGCUCACGUGCAACUCGUGGAGACUGAACCCCUAGAGCAGUCCAAGGUCACAAGCUCUGCUCUCAAGCACAGUGAGUCUUUGAAGAGUUUCACCAAAGCUGUGCAACACGCGGAGGUCCCCCGAGCUCGAUCCGUGGCGGCGCGCGUCCCUCGAACUAAAAAUGAUAUCCGGCUUUAUGUCAAGAGCCUUGGCCUCCCUGGGAUCUCAUACGACGCUUAUGGCGUCUGUAUCGCUCCCGAUGCUCCCGAGUGGGUACGUGGCCGUAUCGCUCGUAGGGUACAGCUCAAUGUUUGUGAUCUCGAAGUUGGUCGGGCUCCUGCGGAGUUCAACAAAGACGCCGAGCUUGAACUGGAGAAGAAGGAGAAGAAGUACUAUGGUCACGAGACGUGGUAUCGGUUUUUCAAAAUCAAGAAGCGUGGGUUACCCACGAAGGAAGAAGCCCGGGAGUUUGGUGAGAAGCUCGCUGCAGGAUUGAUCCCUACCGUAGGUAAUGUGCAUGGGGCUGUGGCAACUAACAAAGUCGAUAUGGGUGCAUCGACGGAGAAGAUCGGAGACAACCAACCCGUACCGCUGCCGAUGCAGCAAACGAUGGCUCAGACGACUUCCAGCAAACAAGAUGGGCUGCAACCGGUUUCCGGCGUCCGCAACACAAUCAUGCCACCGCCUGGUCUUGGCUUCUCUUCCCAGCACUCUUUACCCCCGAAGCCGCUCGUCCCCGCUCCUCAGAUGCCCAUCCACAACAUAACGAACGGCUACACAUAUACCGGGCCCCUCUUUCUCGAGCCAUCACUGCAGCGGCAGGGCACCUCCAAUCCCCAACAACAAUACCCUCCUUACAAGAAGCCGCUUUGCAAAAACUACGCACAAGGAUACUGCUACUAUGGAUCUUAUUGCCACUUCCUGCACGCAUACCCACACGAGCUACAAGGCGUCACCGGCCCGGACAGGCGAGAUUCUGCACAAGACUUGUUCGAUUUCUCGCGCUCGGGUUCAUGGUCUUCAACUGCGACGGCCUCGAUGCCUCCUCCAGGUGCGCGCGUAUACGGUCCGGUAUAUGUCUCGAGGGCGCCAUCCCGCAUGUCAGUGGAUACCAAUACGAGCAAUCGCGCCACAGCGGGCUCGCAGAGCUCAGUUGGAGGCUCGCCUGGUCUUUAUCGGCCCAACGGUAGCCCUCAGAAGAAGAAGAAGGGCGGGAAGAAGUCACAGGCUGUGAACAAGUAA